CAUUUUUUUUUAGAUUGUUGUAAUUUCUACCUAUUUAUUACCUAUUAAAUACCACGAAAAUAAACUCCUAAUAUUCUUCCUAAAGAGUAGAAAAAUAGAUUAACAAAUUUUAUGUUGCCUGUUCUAUAUUUAUUUUCUUGCGAAUAAAACUCUCGUUUGUUGUAUGCUGUCGCUGUUUUUCUAUGAUGAUAAUUCGUAGAAUCGGUGUUUUAAUAUGUAUGUUGAAAAUAGAGUGAAUAGACUACUGUCUCACGAUCGCUGGUACUGCAAUCCGCCGAAAGGUUAGACAAAAAGUCAUCUCACCGUAACAGUUAUUGGCAGACACACAGGAGAAACAAAAACCGGUAAAUUACAUCCUUCUGUUGAGGAGGCCUCUACCUUUUUCUCCUGCUCCGUCUUCUGAAGCGGUAUAGUAGCGAGUUUCUUGUUCGAUCCAUCACGGAAAUUGAUCUUUCUCGAGAACUCAUUGAUUAUCAUCCUCCAUUUGCAUUUUCUUGAGUUAUUAGCGAUUAUUUAAAUUACUUGAGAUCAUUUCGUCAUUCGUUACUUUCUUUUUCUUCUUUCAUUUUCUGUAUUUCAUUCAGAGUACGUUCACCUUACAGUUCAUUGAUGGUUGGUACGAUGUAGUAAAUCAUUCAUCGUGAAUUAACUACUCGAUCAAUUAAGUAAUUUAAUCUUUGUACUGGUUGCUUCAAUGGUGAAUAUUCUCUUAUGUAUUUUAUGCUGCUCAAUUAAAAAUACUUUGCUUCUUGUUUAAUUUAAUAUUUGUCUACCUUGAUUUCCAGGAUGAAAUCAAAAUUUGAAAUUUAAAUUUAUUUUUUCAAGGAACUGGUUUAAUCGUCCUACGUUUCCUUGUUUUCUUCAAAGUCAACUGACGUGUAUCGCUAUUGGCAUCGUGUUAACGUCGAUUAACGCUUUGCUCGAAAUUCCGCGCCAUUCCUCCGCUUUUCCUUUUAUUUUUCCGAUACGUCGAAAAACAACGCAAUAUUCUUUUUUCCUAGGCGGCCGAGCUCGUUGAGUAACGCGAUCGAAUAUGCAUGAUGUAAUCGUAAGCAGCGCUUUUUCCGAUUGCCGAUACUUCGAUUUGUUAGCGCGAAACGACGUUGAAUUAUGCAAUUCCUGUGCGAUUUACCUUACCGGUAGAUUCUUGACCGAUAAGCAAAAGAAGAAAAGGAAAGGAAAAUACAGCGUAAUCACAACAUAUUGGUUAUAAUUUUGACCAUUCGAACGUAAAUUAGUUCGUUUAACCAUCGACAUUUUCUGUAAUAUUAGGUUGAUGCAUGUGAAGCAUCGUUUUUCUAAUAAAACCGUGUGUUGUAUCAUCAAAAUAAUUUCCAUAUUAUUUUGGUUCUUCGCAUAUCUUUUUCAAAAUAAUUUAUGCGUUCAAAAAUUCCUUGGCUGGGACAGAUGUUUCUAAUAAAAAUAAGAUUUUUCUCGUAAACAAUUUUUGUAAAUCCUAAAAAUUACUGAACUUUCGGAAACAGAUAACGCAGAAAAUAUUAAUAACUGAACUGAAUAUUUCUAGGCAAACUGUAGUUAUUAUUCGAACAGUGUUUCGUAUUAAGUCACGAUAAUCAUAAGCAGCGAUAAUUGCUAAGGUUGACACAAGACGAGAUACUUCUGUACCAUGAUGACACGACCAAUACCAAGAAGCAUAUCACUUUCUUCUUUUUUUUUUCUGUACUUCUGAUUUGGAUAAAUUCGAUUAACGCGUAAUUAUAUGAAUAUAUUUAUGUACGUAACCGGAAUUUACAUUGUUCAUUAACGAGUACUUUAAACAAGUUAUUACGGUGAUAAGUCGAUUUCUAAUUACAUUGGAAGGUGAGAUAAACUGUAUUAAUUACACAUUUGUUUCUCUCUUCUUCGCGACCUGCUAAUUUGUUUAUCUGCAAUAAAUCAAUCUUUUAUCGCGUUAAACAUUCCGACGCGAACUGCAAAUUCUGCGAAAUAGCGUCAGAAUUUCAGUAAUGAAACAGCGCAUGAUCGAUCGUUUCAGUAUAAAUAUCAUAACUUUGUUAUUCCUAAUUUUUAAUUCUUUAACUUUAUUCCUUCGUUUGGAAUAAUGUAUUCGCUCGUUACUUAUUUAUUUUUCUAUCUAAUUCCGUAAUAUUACAUCUGCAUACAGUUUUACCGUCACUACGCUGGGAAAUUAUACAGCCUAACUAUAAAGAUAAGUAAAUAUAUGUACAGGUUUAUUAACCUGAUAAUGAUAUUAAAGAAGCUUAAAUCUGCUAGCCAGUAAUCUUGGUUUUUCCGCGAAAUAUCGACAAUAAAAAUUUACAAUUUCGUAGAAAUAGAUAAAACGGAAAUGAAUGGGCAAUGCAGCAAUUCGGUUUCUGAGCUGAGAAAACUUGAAACAAUAUAAAAAGUAAGAAUAAAUUAGCAUGAAAAUACUACUUUGAUUAGUUGAUGGUUGAACGCUUUUAGUGCAUAAAAUUUUAUUGCAUUCGGGAAGAUCGAAGUCAAGGUCAUUUUAACACCUGAUUGGUCCCAACAGAUUUUCAAGAUGCAUAUGAACGACGAAUUUAUGCGAACGAAAAUUUACGAGUCUAAUUAUUGUCAUGAUUAGUUCGACGUUUCUAUCACAGAAUGUCCUUGAUGAGAUAUAUGUACGAAGUCGAUAACAGUUCUCGAUGAGAAAUCGUCAUAUCGAGGUUCUCGGACGAUAAAGCGAAGGUCUAACUAUUUAAUAUAGACAGAAAUUGAUUCAAAAAAAUCUAGGAAGAAACCAGUGACUUCUACCAUGGUAUUUCUGCCCUUAUUGUUAUUUUGUUCUCGAUCAAUUCGUUAGACGUAAUUCAGUGUGUCGUAUUAGGUAAUCUUUGAUAUUUUUUCAUGCAUUGUAACUUUGAGCUGAAUAGAAAAUUAUCGAAACAAUUUUUGUCCUAUUCUAACAACCUAAUUUCCAAGCGAUAUAGUUAAUUUAUUGUUACGUAUAUCAGUUGGUGUACAUGCUAUAUACAUAAGUUUGUAUAUAACGACCUUGCAUAUAUAACUGGAACGCAAAUAUUGACAGUUGAAUAUAAUGAUGCGCAAGUGAUAUGUGACAGUUUUUGAUGAACUUAUGGCUGCUAAUUAUUGGAUAUGUAUUUUCCUAUUUCAUCUUUUUUCCAUCUGAUGCUAUUCGAAAUUCUUUGUAAUUCAAAUUAUGAAUUUAUCGAACACUUACAAUGGUCAGUAUCGCCCUACAAUUUUGAGUUCAUCAAAGGUGGAGUUCAGUGAAGAAUCUUCUUUUAAAAAUUAAUGAAUAAAGAAGUCUGUAUUUACCUAGGAGAUUUUGUUACGCUUUUAUGAUUUGAAUUAUGAAUUUAUAAAAUGAAUAUAUGACUGUGUAUAGUACGGUAUUUUUAAUGUUUGAAAGCAUACAGAUUGUAUUUUUAUUCAUAGUUUUCACAAAUUAACUCAAUGUCUUAUGGUUUGUUUUCUCUCUGUUUUCUCUCUAUUUUAUAUGAUUUAUUUGUUACACUCGUUAAAUCUAAUUACAUAUUAGCUUUCAAAAUACUAUGAAUAAUACGAUCACCGAAGAUCAUCGAGACACUACCCGUAACUUGAUUUCCAAUUUUACCAAUUGAGACGAAACUUUAGAUUAAAAUAAGGAUUCGGCUUGAACAUAAUACUUAUUUGCAACGAUUCAUAUUCUGUCACUCGAAUCACUUCUUCCGAGUCCCUUAAAUGAUAUACUUAUUUCCCCCUCCACUGUUAAAAAUUCUAGUAACAUUCCAAAAUGCAAAGAGUGCAAUUAGUCACGAACCGUCUCUUCUUCUCGUACAACUAUGAAACAUUCAAAUAGAAAUUUAGCUCAAUAUCGUAAGACAGGAAGUUCGAAAUUUUACCACUUGUGCCACUUUUCUUUUUUAUUCCUAAAGAUUUCGAAAGCUCGUUUCGAAAUACCAACGUGCAAUUGCAAUUUUUCGCGAAUCCUCAGUUUUCUCUAUAAAGGACUAGUUUUUCAGGAAGCGAAGCGAAACGAUAGCUAGCGGACGUCGCACAACACCGCGGCGUUGUCUUCUCGUAGCACGCGAUCAUUUGGUUCCUUUUUCUUUCUUCGCUAUCCGCUUAUUCCCAUCGUGGAAUGCCUCGACAAAAGUAAUCGCGUAUCGUUGAAACAAGUAUCGUCAAAUUACGCAAACAUCGCUCGAAUCUGUAGGAUGGCGCCGAAUAUUCGACGUUGGAAUUGCAUAAGUUUUACACAGCGCGCAGAAUGCACGCGGAAACGCAGGGUCGAUUAUCGAUUUUUCUGCGGCCGGAUCAGCCGGUUUGCCUUGCAACCUGUCUACACACCGUAUACGAGUCACGUGCAUUUUAUUCGCGCUGCUAGGCGCGCAUCUGUGAAAUUACUCGCUUUACGACCCCGUCGCAUAUGCUUCGCGAUCCUUGCCUCAACGUUUGUCCUGUUAACUGCGUCGGAUGUCUCGAGCAAAAUUGGUAAUUGAUUUUUAAGCGGCUGAUAACAGGCUUUGUGUAACGUGUCAUUGAUUGGACGGGAUUGAUAAGAAUGAACGAUAAGCUGCAACCGUUUUUGGAACGAGAACCUUUCCAUAGCCGUACAGAUUACAGUAAUUGGAACGGUGUUUGUUUGGAGCUCAAUGGGGAUUUUUAUGCAGAAGAGAUUGCGAUCUAGAUUAUAGUUGUUAGAUUGUGGAUUUCCGUGCAUUUAUCGGAAAUUUGAAAGUGCAAAAUUGCACAGAUUGCACAUAUCAUGAAGAUAUAUAUAUGAAAUAUUCAAAGUAUAAUGCUUUGUAUAAUGCUUGAUAGAUAAAGCAAUUUUUUAAUUGUAUUCUCAAAAAUAUUAAUUUGCAUUAAAAUUAAUCUUCCAAAUCUAAUAAUUAUUAUCCAAAUAUUAAGUGUUUACUGUGGUUUGUCUAAGGUAUGAGUCUUGGUUUGGAAUAAAGAUGACGAUGUUUAAAGAUUUAUCUGAUCCAGGGAUGGAGGAUAAAAAUAACGAAAGGAAGGUCUUCGUUUGAAAAGAACAUAUUUGAAUAAAUAUUGUAUAGUACAAUAGUUUGCGGGGUUGAAAUAUUUUUUCAUAAAGUUAAGUGCCUUGUAGUAUGUGGUUACGUUAUCGUAGAUAGAGCUAGUUUUAUCGAUGCAAAAAUAGACAUACGUCAUCCUUUUCUUUAACCUAGAAAUAGCGUAUAGAAUGAAAUAGGCAGUAAGUGGAUCAAAUAUGCAUAGAGUAUUCUUUUAUAAAAUACACAACGUUACGUUACCAUGUAAAUUUGCAAUCAUGGUUUCUAAAGGAUAAAGAAAAAAGUAGACGCUUCGAGUGAAAUAUUUUUACAAGCAAAGUUUACAAGGAAAAAGUAGAGGUUAAAUAAAUAAUAAAAUUGUAUUCUUCGCGUUCAGAAACCACACUGAUACAAUUCUCGAGGAUAUCAAUCGAUAUUUCGUGACGCAGAAACAUUACAAAAAUAUUCUAUAAGGUGUGAAUUCAACUGAAAGGAAACUGCAAGAAAUUUUAUGUAAAGCGGCGUUUUCUAGUAAUUUAAAUUUUCCCGCUUCUCGACGUCAGCCAGUCUAGCCAAUAGGUAACUACACGUGACGCUAAAAACGAAGUUGGAAAGGUAGUACAACGUACAACAUCGAUUCGUGAAGGUUGCCGUGUGAUCCAUAGAUCAUAAAGUUGCACACGUGCACGAUCGAUAGUUAAAAAACUUGUCUCGUCAAGUUCGAACGCUUUAGAGAAGAUCUUUUCUGUGAAUCAGCAAGUACAUCGAUCGCACUCGAAGGAUCCUUGAUAUAAGUUAACAUUGAUGUAACAAAACGUGGAGGUAAGGAGUAGAUGAAAAGUUUGGGAAGCGGUAAAUUUAAAUUCUGCACAGCUAGAGAAGAAGAAGAAGAUAGAACAAUUUGUAAAAGAAUACAUUGAAUUAAAUUCAAUUUACGAAGAAUACAAAAGGAUAUUAUUAAAACUCAAUCCUGUCUAAAACAACUUUAAGUUGCUCGUAAUAACGAGGUUUUAAGAUUAAGAAACAAAUUAAAAAGAAAAAGAGCCGAUAACCUAGCUCGAUGAUAUUUUCACGGUUUAUCGUUUGAUUUACGUAUGUGACUUUGUAUACAUUCUUAAAAUCAACGGCACAGUUGCUAAUAAAAAAGAUAAAUAAAGGAAGGCUUGGCUCAAUUGGUCCAUCGUGAUUGAUAAGUCGCUCAACGGAAAAAAAUAAUGUCGAACAUGCACAGAAGCCUUCUGAGUGUUUCGUGGAAUGCGUUAAAGUUGUUGAGAACUUCGAUGAAAUCUGGUUGGAUGUGGACAAGGUUAGCCUCCGGUCAAUGCGACGUACCCAUGGUGGUCCCUAAAGAGGAGGUGGUUAGAUUCAUAUCUGAGUGCAUGUGUAAGGCUGGAACAUCGCUCGAGGAUGGUUGUAUCGUUGGCCAUCAUUUGAUGACCGCCGAUUACCGUGGCCAUUUUAGCCAUGGAAUGAACAGAAUGCAAAUGUACGUGCAGGAUAUUAAGGACGGAAUGACCAAUCCUACUGCGAAGCCAGAGAUCCUUACGGAUUUUCAGGCGAUAGCGUUGGUCAACGGGAACAACGGUUUGGGACAGGUGAUCGGUAAAUUUUGCAUGGAACUGGUCAUAAAGAAGGCGAAGAAGUUCGGUAUCGGGAUGGUGUCGACUUGUGGGUCGAAUCAUUACGGCAUCUGUGGUUACUAUACGAAAAUGGCGAUCGACCAAGGUCUUGUGGGCUUCUCCUGCACCAAUACGAGUCCUCUGAUGGCACCAACCCGUAGCAAGUGUGCGGGUUUAGGCACGAAUCCGAUAUCUUUGGGAAUGGGAGCGUCGAACAACGAUGAGUUCGUGUUGGAUAUGGCCACGACAGCCGUUGCUCUGGGCAAAAUCGAGCUAGCUAUCAGGAAGAACGAAGCCAUUCCCCAGGGCUGGGCGCUUGGAUCCGAUGGGAAGGUUACCACAAACGCCGAAGAAGCGUACAAAACUUCUCUUUUACUGCCUGUUGGUGGAGAGGAACACACUAGCGGCUACAAAGGCUAUGGACUAGCUUUAAUGGUCGAGAUACUUUGCGGAAUUUUGUCUGGAAGCGAGUUUGGUCCUAACAUCAGACAGUGGAAGACUAAAGAAAAAAUUGCCAAUCUUGGGCAGUGUUUCAUGGCCAUAAAUCCGGAAGCUUUUGGUUGUGGAUCGAAGGAGAGAUUAGGCCAGUUGUUGAAACAGUUGAGAAAUUUAGCUCCCGCUGAGGAUAAACCUGUUUUGAUACCUGGAGACCUGGAGAGGGCGGCCAUGGAACGCGUAGAUAGAGAAGGUGGUAUUACGUAUCAUCCCAAUCAGAUACAGGCGUGUAAAGAAUUCGCGAAAGUUAUGGGAGUCGAGUCUCUGAAGCUUAUUCCUAAGAAUGGUUAAUCAGGAAAUUAGUUUUGUUUAGUUUCUGUUUGGUAUUUAGGUACCUGAAGGUUCUUAGGAAAUUACGUAUUGAGCUUGAACUUUUUUGAUGUAUCUAUAUCUAUUAGUUUUUAGAAUUGUUGUUGCUAUGUGUAUAUUGAUAUUGGUAACAGAUCUGAUAAUUACAUUGCGAAUGCGAUCUAUAGUAUAUAUCAUACAAUGUAUUUAUAUGUUUACUACAUAUUAUUAUAUUGUGUACACUCUACGAUUAAAGAAAAAUCUCCAACCAAUAAAAUACUCUUCAAUAUUGUUUUUCCGCACAGGAUCUAUAAAUGUUCUAACAGUAAUCUACUCAAAUUUUUCUAAAAUACGCAUGUAAUAUACAAAGCCCAAGGAAAUGCAAUUCCUCAUAUUUUAUACGAUAUUGUAAACGCAGCUUUUAUACUUAUAAAAGAAGCUACACGAAUAUACACGAU